AUGGCUCUGAGGCGUGUCUGCUCCGCGCUGCGUCCCGGCGCCCCGCGCCUCGCCCCGCUGUCCACGGCGCCCGCGGCCCGCGAGCAGCCCGCCGCGGGGCCGGGGCCCGUGCCGGAGUGCGGGGCGGCCGAGGCCGUGCGGCCGCCGGUGCCCGCCGUGGAUUUCGGCAACGCGCAGGAGGCGUACCGGAGCCGGCGUAGCUGGGAGCUGGCGCGCAGCCUGCUGGUGCUGCGCCUGUGCGCCUCGCCCGCGCUGCUGGCGCGCCACGAGCAGCUGCUCCACGUGGCCAGGAAACUGUUGGGACAGAGGAUGUUCGACAAGCUCAUGAAGAUGACCUUCUACGGGCAGUUUGUGGCCGGCGAGGACCAGGAGUCCAUCCGGCCCCUGAUCCAGCACAACAAGGCCUUUGGCGUCGGCUCCAUCCUGGACUACGGCGUGGAGGAAGACUUGAGCCACGAGGAGGCGGAGCGCCAGGAGAUGGAGUCCUGUACCUCAGAGGCAGAGAAGGAUGGCAGUGGCACGAGUAAGCGGGAGAAGCAAUACCAGGCCCACCCAGCCUUUGGAGACCGCAGGGACGGCGUCAUCAGCGCCCGCACCUACUUCUAUGCCAACGAGGCCAAGUGUGACAGCCAUAUGGAGACUUUCCUACGUUGUAUCGAGGCCUCAGGUGGGGCCAGCGAUGACGGCUUUUCGGCCAUUAAACUCACUGCCUUGGGGAGACCCCAGUUUCUGCUGCAGUUCUCAGAUGUGCUGACCAAGUGGAGAUGGUUCUUCCACCAAAUGGCCGCAGAGCAGGGGCAGGCGGGGCGCGCCGCCAUGGACACGAAGCUGGAGGUGGCGGCACUGCAGGAAAGCGUCGCGAAGAUGGGCAUCGCGUCCAGGGUGGAGAUCGAAGACUGGUUCACGCCGGAGACCCUGGGGGUGUCUGGCACCGUGGACCUGCUGGACUGGAGCAGCCUCAUUGAUAGCAGGACUCGGCUCUCCAAGCACCUCGUGGUCCCCAACGUGCAGACAGGGCAGCUGGAGCCCCUGCUGUCACGGUUCACCGAGGAGGAGGAGAUGCAGAUGACCCGGAUGCUGCAGAGGAUGGACGUGCUGGCCAAGAAAGCCACAGAAGUGGGCGUGCGGCUGAUGGUGGACGCCGAGCAGUCCUACUUCCAGCCGGCCAUCGGCCGCCUGACGCUGGAGAUGCAGCGCAAGUUCAACGUGGAGAAGCCGCUCAUCUUCAACACCUACCAGUGCUACCUCAAGGACGCCUAUGACAACGUGACGCUGGACGUGGAGCUGGCCCGAAGAGAGGGCUGGUGUUUCGGGGCCAAGCUGGUGCGAGGCGCGUACAUGGCCCAGGAGCGCGCCCGGGCCGCGGAGAUCGGCUACGAGGAUCCCAUCAACCCCACGUAUGAGGCCACCAACGCCAUGUACCACAGGUGCCUCAAUUACGUCCUGGAGGAACUGAAGCACAACCCAAGGGCCAAGGUGAUGGUGGCCUCCCACAACGAGGACACGGUUCGCUUCACGCUGCGCAGGAUGGAGGAGCUGGGCCUGCAUCCCGCCGACCGCCAGGUGUACUUCGGGCAGCUGCUGGGCAUGUGUGACCAGAUCAGCUUCCCCCUGGGCCAGGCGGGCUUCCCCGUGUACAAGUACGUGCCCUACGGCCCUGUGAUGGAAGUGCUGCCCUACCUGUCGCGCCGCGCCCUGGAGAACAGUGGCAUCAUGAAGGGCGCCCAGCGGGAGCGGCAGCUGCUCUGGCAGGAGCUCCAGCGGCGGCUCCGCACUGGCAGCCUCUUCUCCCACCCAGCCUAGCGCCCACCAGGUCGCCGGCCACCGCCAGCCCCUCUGCUACCCCGAGGCCUCCACACUCCGCCUCCUCCAGCUGUUUUCCAGGGGCCUUUGGCCUGGGUGGGCCCUGGGCUGUUCAUGCAGCUGCACCUACACCCCCCAUGGAUUCUUGUUUCUAUACCCAAGGCUUCCAGGGCUGCUGGAGGGUGGGGCAGUCAGGCAUGGCCCAUGUCUGACACCUGCCAGGGCUUCAAGAACUGUGCUUCGAGGGAGUGGGCAUGGCGCCCCCACCCUGCAACCCCCCACGUCCUCAACCCCAAAGGACCAACCACCACCUGCCAGGGUCUGAGCCAUAGCCCCCAAGCCCUGUGGGCGUGCCAGGUCAAUAAACUACUG